GGAGCAUUUGAUAUGGUUAAAAUCUCUGGCCGCUACUCUUGGAAAGAGGACGGCCAAGUGCAGGAAAGUUGCAAUUUGCUAGUUACUUUUGCUGAUUCAGAUUUCAAUGUUUUUGGUGGUCCUCUGAUUGGUCCAUUAAUUGCAGCAACACCUGUGCAGGUAACAUUAGGAAGCUUUAUAAAUUGAUGCGAUGCGGGCUGAAAUAGGCCCAAGAAAGAAAAAUUCUAGAGAAAGGACAAAAUGAGAAUUGGGUAAUUCAAGGCUGCAGCUGAUGAUAUUUAAUUUAGGGACGAUUUUAGCCAUUUUGUCUAUGGGCUGUAUGUAGAAUGGAUUGCCAGAUGGGGCUUUUGCUGGUUUACUUGUAGUCAGUGGCCAAGUUUGGAAGGUCUAACGAAGAGUCCAGAAACUUGAUGCUUAGGCCACAAUUUAUGGGUUUUAAAUGAUGGUCACCAAGC